AUGACAGUGUUAUCAACUAAAAAGCCUUCGAAUAAUAAUAAAGAUUCUACAUCAAAUCAACAACCACAGCAACAAAGUUCAACAGCAACACGGCUACGUUUAUCAUGUGAUGAUGAAAAAUCUAAUGGAAUAAAUUCUAAUGAUGAUUCAAAUGAAACAAAUGUUGGAUCGUCAUGUGUAUCUAGCACAGUUACUGAUAAUACACACUCGAUGACGACAACAACAUCUCCAAUAUUAUUCAAUAAACCAAAACGCAAAUCACAUUAUCAUCAACAUCAUCAUAAUUUACAUCAAACAAUAAAUAAACAAGCUAGACGGAAAUGCACUACGAUUGAAGAGAAUCUUACAACGAAUAAUUCAUUAAGUGACGAUAGUUGUAUUGAAAAUGUGUCAUCAUCUAUUACAACAAACGAUAAUCAAAUAUUCGAUGAAGAUGAACAAUAUAAUAGUGAAGACGAAUAUGAAGAAAAAGCAAGAAAAUACGAUCGAAAUAAUCUGAAUGAAACUGAAAUACAUUUUGCAAGAACUUUAAAAGAGAAAAAAGGUUAUAUAAUUAAACCUGUUCAAGAUGAUGGCGCCUGUUUAUUUCGAGCAAUAGCCGAUCAAGUAUUUGGCAAUGAAGAUAUGCAUUCUGUAGUUCGUCAAAAUUGUAUGGAUUACAUUGUAAAAAAUGCAGAUUUCUUUCGUGCUUAUAUUACAGAAGAUUUCGAUCAGUAUGUAACACGAAAACGACGACAAAAUUGUCAUGGAAAUCAUAUUGAAAUGAUUGCACUUUCAGAAUUAUAUAAUCGACCUAUUGAAGUUUAUGAAUAUAGUACAGAACCAAUUAAUAUUGUACAUGGAAUGUAUAAAACAGAUAAUGAACCUAUUCGUUUAAGUUAUCAUUGCGGCGUACAUUAUAACUCGAUUAUUGAUCCAUGGAGACCAACAGCAGGUCAUGGACUUGGGCUUCCUGAUCUUGAACCCGGUCGUGCUCAAGAAUCAUUAAUUCAUACAGCCCUACGGCAAUCCGAAGAAAGUCAUAUUGAACAAACAAUGCUAGAUGAUAAAUUGGCAGCAACAGAUUGGGAAGCAACACAAGACGAACUCAUACAACAGAUAGCCAGAGAAUCUUAUUUACAAUGGCUAUGUGAUACAAAUCAAAAGUCCACUGAUAGUAAUACGACAUCAUCCGCAACAACAUCAGAUACAACUUCUCACACUGAUGAAAUUAAUGCAUCGAAAAAUCUAUUACCUUUAAGACUUGAAGAACGAAAAGAUUGUGAAUUUGCUCUACCGUUUCAAUAUGAAGGCAGCGCGUCAUCUAAUAUUGACCUUGACGAUGAAGAUUCAUUGAUGAGACAAGUUCUUGCUAUGUCACAAAUUGAAUACAUGGAACAAUUUAAAAAACAAGAAACAUCGAUAUCUAAUGAUCCCAAUGAACCAUCAUCGUCAGAAACACAUCUUUUAUAG